AUGAAAUUAAAUAAUGCUGGUUCUCAGGAGGAAAGCUGUGACAAAGAAAAUGAUGAGAAGGGAUUUCACAUUGUCAACAAAAGUUCAUAUUGUCAGAGGGUUCAACUGAUCAGGGACAGAGGUGUCAAAGAUCAUCAUUACCCCAAGAAUAUCAAAGAGCUGUCUAAAGAGGAAAUAGCUUUCUAUCAGAAUUCGUUCAAGCACAGCAUCUGCAUAAAAAUGCUGCGCCAAGGCUAUCACAAGUCUUUCUCAGAACUCUUUGCUCUGAUCCAGAAGUGGAAUGCCUUGAGGGAUGCUGGAGGGCCUGGGUCAGCCAUAUGGCAACAAAAACCCUUGGAGGAGCAGCACGAGAAACUGGAUCAACUUCAACACUUCCUGACCAGGGCUGAGGCAGCCCAACGAGCAGGUCACUAUGAAGAAGUAUACAAAAAUCAGUUUGCACUUGCACAGUACUUCAAAAAUGAUGACCACUGGCUUUCAAAUCAUUUUUUUGAAUGCUGUUUUCAAACAGCUAAGAAAAUUCAAAUUGAUGGUGGAAGGAAAGAAGCUGAAGCUCAUGUGAAUCUCGGCAUGGUAGAAGAAGAACACGGUCAGUUGGAGAAAGCUGCUGAGCAUUAUGAGGCAUUCUAUCAUCUGACAGCAGGCCGGUUAUGGAAGGAUGAGACAGGCCGCACUCACAACUCACAGGCCUGUGAGAACCUCUGGAGAAUAUACACACUGCUAUCAGAAAAAAUGCUGGAGAACAGAGAAUGGCAACAGGCCAUCAAAACUCUAAUAAAAGCACUUGAUAUGGCAAGAGAAGCUCAUGAUAAAAAAUUGGAAGGAGGAGCUGCUUAUAGACUGGGGAUGGCACAUAUUUCGUCUGGAAAUCCCCAGACUGCUAUGAAAUUUCUAAAUACAUCUAUGGAAAUCUCCAAAGAGCUUGGAGAUAAUGUUGGUCUAGGAAAAGCAUAUGAAGCAAUGGCAAAGGCUCUGGAAAGCCAAGGAAAAAUUGUGGAAAGCAUCAAAUACCUGGAAAACUUUAUAGAAGUCGCCAAAAGUAGCAAUUUAUGUCAAAGCUUUGUAGAGACGUGUAUUUGCCUUGGAGACAUUUUCAAUGCAAGAGGGAACUAUGAAAAAGCUUGCCACUAUUUUUCUCAAGCCUAUGAGGCAGCAGUCAGUUUCGGAGAAAUACAGCUGACAGACGAGGCCCAGGUUCAUUUCGGCAUUGCAAAGGCACACAGGAUGAUGCUGGCUGUGAGCAGACAUACAGAGGCUGCAGAUUAUGUCAGCAUGGAGUACCUGCUGGCAUGGAAAAAGAACAGAAGUGACAUGUUCAGUGACCCUGCUAACGCUGGCAGCCUCAGUGGUCUUGAAGUUGAUAUGGUAAAAGGAUCUGAAGAUGGACAUAGCACUGUAACCAGUUUAAAAGGCUCUGAAGUUAAUAAGCAAGUGGUUUCUGACAACGAGUCUGCAGAAGAAAUAACUACAGCUUCAUAAUGUUCACAUUGCAAUUCUUCCAAAGCUAGUAUUGUUUGAUGAUGGUUAUUUAAGUGCCAAAUAUCUAUAUGUGAAACCAUGUUUUACAGCCCUAGAAAUGUGCUUUUCUUAA